CGCUUUCCGCCCCCAAAAUAGACGCACCAAGCCAAACAGAAGCAAACGGCGAAUGUCUCCAUGUCGAGGGGACGGUUUUGCCCAUCUCACACCGAACGAGGCUCUCCGCCGUUAUCUUCGAAAUGACGGAUUUGUUUAGUUCCUAUUAUUUUUGCGGCUAAGUGUGGAUAUUUUGUUGUGUUUCUACACGUGGGCUUUUUGCGCAUCCGUGCGUAAAGGAGUUUCCCAUUUAAGGGCGCGGAGAGGAAGCGGCGUGCAGGAUCGAGAGGAAUGUGCACUCACAUAGGAGAGAGGUGAUCCGCGCAGAUCGCCAUUUCUCUCUUGUUUGUCAUAUUUCUGGUGGAGGAGGAGGAGGUGACAGAGCGUCGGUAGGCAGCCAUGGGCAAAGAGGAGUGUAAAACUAUGCUGGACGCCCUGAAUAAAGUGACGGCGUGCUACAGGCACCUGGUCGUGGCCCUGGGCAGCACUUCGGACUCGCAGAACUUGCGCGAGGAGCUGAAGCGGACCCGCAAGAAGGCGCAGGAGCUGGCCGUGGCCAACCGGACUAAGCUGACCUCCCUGCUCAAAGACAAGAGCAUCAGCAAGGAGGACCGCGCCGAGUACGAGCGGCUGUGGGUGCUCUUCUCCAGCAGCAUGGAUCUGCUGGAGGUGGACAUGAAGCGCUCCCUGGAGAUAGGCCAGGACUUCCCGCUCAAGGUGCCCACCAGGCACCUGAUCCAGACGGGCAUGACGGGCAGCACAAGCACGGUGGCGGCGCGCGCCAUGAGCGUGCAGAACAUGAAGUACGAGGCGGACAGCAACAUCGACACGGCGGACCUGCGGGACCUGCAGGCCGAGAUCGGCCAGGUCAGCCAGAUGAUGGAGGAGAUGGAGAUGAAGGUGCAGGUGGCGCCGUGGGCCGUGGAAGCCAAGCAAGAGGCGGGCGCCGAGCUCAAGUCCAACAUGAGUGUGGGAAAUUCCUCCGUGGGCGUCAUCUCCAUCUGCGAGGAGGAACCCAAGGACGAGGAGGGGGGAGGCGGCGGGGACGCGGGCUUCGCGUCCAUCUGCGCCGUGGUGGUGUUCUUUGUCAUCGUGACUGUGGCGGUGGUGCUUGGAUAUCUGGUCAUCAACAUGUCCUGAACAGCAGCAGCCCGUCCCUGGAGGGACUGGGGAGGGGAGGGGAGGGCGGGGGGCG